AUGCUGAAAGUUCGUUAUACAGAAGAGGAUUUACAAGAAGCACUUAAAACAUACAGAGAAAGUGUACAAUCUGGUAAACGAAUUUCUUAUAAUGAAUUAAGCAGAAAAUUCAAUAUACCUAGUGAUACUAUUAGACGUAGAAUAAACAAACCUUCAACAAAACCAAUGCCACCUCCUAAGCAACUGGCUUUAACUCGUGAAAUGCAAAUAGAAUUAAAAAAAUGGAUUUGUAAAGGUAUAAUAGACAAUCAAAUAUAUUGUUCAAGAGAGUUUAUAAGACAAAAUGCUGAAUCUCUUUAUAAAUUUAAAUUUCCAAAUGGCGAAAUAAAAAUGGAUGACAUAAAACUUUUUUUCAAGACCUUUCCAUAUUUAGCACAAAUGUUAUCUACACAGAAUAGAAUCAGACUCGGUCAACCAGAUCUUGACUAUUUCGAAAGAAUGGAAUGGAAAUACAGACUAGAUGAUAUAGAAAAAUUAGAUAUGAGUGAAUUUAUCGAUCAAUGGCAUCUAAAUUUAAUGGAUUGGAUCGUUGAAAAUGAAGUACCAGAAAAUAGAAUAUAUAACUUAGAUGAAACAUGUUUUGAUUUAACUCGUGGUUUAAUGAAAUUACAAACAAAAUAUGUUGAUGAAGAAGAAACCUCGAACUCAAAAUUUCAAAAAUGGGAUUUAUUAAGUACAAUUAUGAUAGUGUCUUUAAGUGGUAAAAUUUUGCCACCAGUUAUAAUAUAUAAAGGAGAAGAAUUUAAUUUAAAUUGGAUAAAAAAUAAUCCUAAAAAUUGGGUAUAUGGUGUUACAAAUUCUGGUCGGAUUACUCCUGAAUUAAUGAUGAAUUUAUUUAGAAAUCAUUUUUUAAGAUUAUUAGAUGCUGGUAAAGAUAAACCACCAAUUGGUAUAAUAUUAAAUGGACAUAUUCUGCAUAAAACAAUUGAAUUUCAAAAUUUUUGUGAAUUCAAUAAUAUAAAACUACAUUAUGUACCAACUCCUUCAAGAGAAAUAAAGCAACCAAUUAAAAAUUUGAUUGAAAAUAUUAUAAAACCACAAUGGAAAUGUUUAGAUGCUCCAUUUACUCAAAUUGAUCCAAAUAUUGUUUCUUUAAAAAAUGAAUUUAAUUUUAAAUAUAAAUUAGCAUUAGAAAAAUUGACUUCAAAAGUUAUUAAAAAUGCUUGGACAGAAUCUGAACUUUCAAUGAAAAAAUUAGAUGCAAAGUAUGAAGAAAGAGAAAUAAAUUUUAUUAAGAAUUAUGGUAUAUAG